AUGCACUACUCAUACAUCUCCUUGGCGCUCCUCGCCGUCGGCGCUAUCGCGGCUCCCGCUGCCCCUCGCGCUGGCUCCGAUGCUUUCGGCGACUUGAGCGAAAUGACCUCUGGCUUCCCCUUUGGUCCAUCGGGCUCGUCUACCGUUACAGAUGAAGAUAACGAUGAAGGAUUUGGCGACUUCGGCGAUGGCCUUUCCGGGGCCAUGGAUGCUUACCAGCAGGCCCAGGCUGCCAAAAUGUCCGCCCAAAACCCUAGCAGCCCCCCUAGCCCUACCAACGCUGUGAUGGCUACCCCCGACGCGCCCGAGCCUGAUGCGCCGGCAGCCGAGCCCAUGGCUGAUAUUCCUCCCAAGCCAGAGGCCCACGAAACACCAGUCAAGCCGCUGGUGCCAGCCGUUCCGGCCGUUCCUUCUGUCAACGCCGAGCCUAGCCACAUUACGCCUACUCACUCUGUUAAGGCCGAGCCUACUCACGCCAUGAAGGCUGAGCCAACCCACUCUAUCCAGAACUUCCAGGAUGCCAUGCAAUCGCAGGCCUCCGCUCCUGUCCCUGUUGUGACUGAGGCUCCUAUGGUCUCCAAAGCACCCAUGGUUUCUCAGGCUCCCGUGGCUACCCCAACCUCUACCCACGCUCUAAUCCACUCCCAUGCCAAGAGCAGUUCCGUUGCCGCUUCGUCUUCCAGUGCUACUCCCUCUCCCAGCGCAACUGCUGCUCCUGGUCCUCUUGGCAGCCUUGUCGGGGGUCUUCCCGUUGUUGGAGGACUUGUUAAGGGUCCCCUUGCUGGCCUUGGUCUCCGCCGUUAA